AAACACGGCCGUUGCAUUGUGGGAAACGUAGUCGUCUCCGCAAAGGCCUCUCGGUGUACCGGAAGUGAGAGGUUUCAUGGGAGAUGUAGUUUCCGCUGUCCGCUUUCCGUGUCCAGCAUCUCUGAUGUUCGCGAGUUACUGUUAGUUGCAGUGAUGCCUGGCUUCACCUGCUGUGUCCCGGGAUGCUACAGCAAUUCUCAUCGGGAUAAAGGGCUGCACUUUUACACCUUCCCGAAAGAUCCCGAGCUGAGACACUUGUGGCUGAAGAACGUGUCGCGGGCUGGAGUCACCGGCUGCUUCAAUACUUUCCAGCCCACCAACGGGCACCGGGUAUGCAGCCUCCACUUCCACGGGGGGCGCAAGUCUUACAGCAUAAAGGUGCCCACCAUCUUUCCCCUCAGGGGGGUGAACGAGCGGAAGACCCGCAGGGGCAAUGCUGGGGACCGGUCCAAGAAGAGGCAUCACCAGCCCAGCUACUCCACGGGCUCCACUACAGUGCUGGUAGCGACACUGCCAGGGCAGGAGCAGGAGGUGCUGGAGUUGACAGCAGGGGGCGCUGAGAUGAUGCUGCUGGGGCCCCCCCCUGGCAUGGGGACAGAGGCAGACAUGACAGCUGUGGAGGCUUCAGCUGCUGCAGUGAUGGGCAGAUCCUUGGGGGCGGCAUCAGGAGAGAUGAUAGGUUCAGAACCCAACCCAGUCAACCUCACUGUCAAGCUGGAGUCUGGAGGAGUGGGAUCCGGACUUAGCCCCCAUUUCCAUCCAGCCACGUCCCAUCAGCAGCUCCAGGUAGUGGUGGUGGGAGAAGAAACCUACCCCAUGCCCGAGUAUUACCCGUCUCCACAGUACGCCGACCACUCCUAUUCCAUGUCUUCAGGGACCACCACAGAGGAACUGCUGAGGAAGCUCAAUGAGCAGAGGGAUAUCAUUGCUCUCAUGGAGGUCAAAAUGAAAGAGAUGAAGUCCAGCAUUAGACACUUGAGACUCACUGAGGUUAAACUCCGAGAGGAGAUCCGUCAGAAAGAUAAAGUCUUGUCUAUGAACGCUGCCAAGAAAAAACUAGAAGGCAACUAAGACCGCCAAGUGGCCCCCCGCUUCUCUUACGGGGCCACUAUACCUUGAACUCAAAUAACUGCCGUGAUCCGGUGGCCAUGUAAAACCACACAAGAAGGAACCAUAAGAAGUUUGAAUGUAAUCCCGUCUAGCGGACACAACACCAUUACUGUCGCCAAGCUCUUAUAGAUGGUUCUUUUCAGUAGUAAUGGAGGCACCCUGCUUGGAAAACAUUGCAGUAGAUGUUUAUACAGCAGAUGUGCAGAGACUGCUGCCUUGGUACCAUUGUAUUUAGUUGUUGCCUUCUUACCUUUUUGCAUGCGUGUUGUAUUAUAUAAGCCGGAAGACGCUUGGAAUUUUAGGUUCGGUUUUCCUUUGAUGUUGUUUUCAGCGACCGUAGAGACUGUCAAGACACGCGCGGACAUCCACUGAGACACCUUGUUAUGCACUUAUUCAAAAAGGAAAAAUUCAAUAUUGUUUUGCAAAGUUGUGUGUUUUUUUUUUGUUUUUUGUUUUUCUCUCUUUAAGGCCGAAAAAAAGAAUUGCCAAUAGUUGACCGCAAAGUGGCGCUUCAGGAGAUCUACGAAUUUGGUUUGUUACAUCCAUAAAAGAAAAGGAAUAAAAAAGGUCAAACUGACUGACUGUCAUAUUACUCAUGUCUAGCGCUAUUGUUGCCAUCUCUUGAAAUGGAUUCUGUCCUAUGGAAAGGAGCUAGGGACAUAUACCAUGCAUUGUGGUGUAGAGAGAAACAUUGGCAAACUGGUCUGAUAAUCCUUAAUGUUUUUUGUUUUGUUUUUUUAAUAAAACUUUAUUUUGA